AUGGGUGAUCAACGUCAUCACAUGGAGCACCGACCGGUGCAAAACAGCGCGGUCUUUGUGCUCGGCGCAAAUCACUGCGACUCAAUUCCACCUCCCUCGCCUCCUUCACCACCAGUCUCACCCCCAGAAGAUGGCUUUUUGGAAGAAUUGGAAGAACUCAGCCUCGGAUCGCCCGACGACCUUCCCGAGAGCGACGAAAGCUCCGCCAAAAUCCAGGACAGACUUCAUGCCGCAACACACGUUCUCAAGACAGAAGCCGCAGCGCUGAGGUCAGUCGCCAACUUAUAUGAGACAGACCCCGUUGCUCGGGACGGCUUCAACAGAACAGUGGCGGCCAUCACACGGCACAAGGGUGAAAAGGGAAAGCUCAUCAUUACCGGCGUCGGAAAGUCCGGUCACAUUGCGAACAAGUUGGUUGCGACAUUCAACAGCCUUUCACUCACAUCCGUGUUUCUGAACCCGAUUGAUGCGCUUCACGGCGACUUGGGCAUUAUCCAGAAACACGAUAUUCUUCUCUUCAUCACAUUCUCCGGAAAGACCUCCGAACUUUUCAGCCUAUUACCACACUUGGACAAGCCGUCAUCAUUAGUCAUCCUCACCGGACAUACGAGACCUGACACGUGCGAGCUUAUCAAACUCCGACCGGACACGAUCCUUCUCCCAGCACCAGUCCACGAAAGCGAGACAUCGUCAUUUGGUGUCUCGGCUCCGACAACGUCCACAACGGUCGCCUUGGCCGUCGGCGACGCGCUUGCCAUUGCCGCCGCGCAGGAGCUGCACUCGAGCGUUGCACAGGUGUUUUCCAAGAACCAUCCGGGUGGUGCGAUUGGGGCCGCGUUCCGGAAACCUCAGACAAUUCUGGACUUGUCCAUUCCCUGGGUGGACAUUGAUGACUCGGAACACCUUUGCGUGGACAGCAGCGUCGGCGCAGACCUCUUCCGGGCUGCUUACGACUCGCCAUCAGGCUGGGUUCGGGUCGGCGACGCUGUAGCAUCGCCGAGUCGCAUUAGGAAGUUGGCAACGGUGGACUUCACACGGUCUCUGAGAGACAUCCCGCAUCUGUUGGUACCGAGGGCAGAGAUGCUCUCCAUCUCUUCCGGGACAACGAUACGUCGUGCCGUAGACUUCGUGAGAAGCAUGCAAGGCGCCGCGGAUGACGGCGAGUACGUUUGUAAUUCGGACUCUCUUCUGGCUGUUUUGGACCAUGGCGACAUGGUUGGCGUUUUGGAAGCUGGCAAGCUGUUGGAAUGGAAAGAUUGA